AGUAUUUAUAUAAUAUGCCCUUUAAGAAAAAACUAGUUGACCAUGAUAAGGUCGUCAAGCCAAAGAAAAAACUUAAACUUGGCCGAGGCACUAUUAAGAUUGGACCUGAUGAUGAUAAGAUAGUAAAGGUUGAGCGCGCUAGUGACGCCGAGGUAAAAGAAGAGGUUGUGGAAACAAAAAAUGAAAAUGUUAGGGUGGAAAGUAAUGAUUCUAUCAAAAAAUCUUCUCUCAGGGAUGAAGUAAAGGAUAACAUCAUGAAUAAACUCAAGUUUGCCUCAGAAUUACUACAAGUUCCUGUUGCAGGGGAACUAUAUGAAGAAAGAUGUGCUUUAAAGACCGCAGAGACUAUUAUACUCUUUUGCCACAAGUUAGAUCUAUCCUUCUCAACUCUGUUAACUGCCCUAGUCUAUUUACAGCUCUAUAAAAACUCUAGUAAACAAUGGAGAAAUUCCAAACAGUAUUCUAUCGCAAUUUCAAGUUCAAAACGCAAGAAAUUUCUCAAGAGAGAUGAGCAGUUUUUAACAUGUGCAGCGUGUGUCUUGCUGGCAUGGAAAUAUAAGGAAGAUGAAAUUGGAGCUACAAAAUCUUCCAAAAAGUUAUUUGAUAUAAGUACUACACUCUACAAGAUAAUAGUUAGCCAAAGUUCCAGGAAGACUCCGGAAAUGUCCGUUUCUGCGUGGAUGUUACAAGAUAAUGGAGAUGAGAUUACAAGAUUGAAGUCGCAUAUAAUUGAGCAUGAAACACAUUUAUUACAUGCUUUAGAUUAUUUUAUCGGUCCAAUACCAAUGCCACACACUUUAAUUGGUGCAUAUGUUAAGUUUUUCGUAAUGGCGGUAUCUCUGGAAAUUUCAGAUCACCACGAAUAUGCCAAAAAGUUGCAGGAUUUGGUUGAAAUAUUGAUUCUAGAUUGCUACAAAACGCAAAUGUGUAUUGAUUAUACACCAAACGAACUUGUGGCAAUCUGUAUCAUAAAGGCCGCAUGUUUACUCGCCUUUUCCUGCCAAGACAGCCCAUUUCUUGCAAACGAUAGUGAAGAAAAUUUUCUUGAAUAUGCGAUUGGUUUGUUAUUUUGCUAA